AUGAAACGAACUAAUAAUGGUCGUGUAAUCAAAAGUCUAGAUUUGAAGGCGCCCAAGGCUAAACUUUUGGGUUCAGGAGCCAAUGGAGGAGCUUGCGGAAAACCGUACGGCAUCAAAGAUAAAGGCAUCUGUCUUUGGGCUGGGACGAAUUCAAAAUCGGAGAUACCUAAAGGACUCGAUUCUGGUUGGGUUACCGGGUGG